AUGGCUCGUCUUCAACACUCUCGAGCUCGUCGAAAGAGCAUGUUGAACAUGUGGUCUGUGUUUGUAUCAGCAGUUAUACUACCGCAGGCUGUCCAGUCUUACGAGAACUUGCCUGCUGUACAGCUCCCAGUUCUUCCGCCACCGGCGGCGCCCUUGGACCAGCCGGCUUUAUCGGCCGAACCAUAUCAGUUUUCUCUGCGGCAUAUAUUCCACCGAGGGAUACACCAGCAUCCCGAUCUAUACGCAAGAGUAGAUAUUGAACCGGAUACUCGUCUUGCUUUACUAUCUGAAGAUGGCGCUAGCGCAGAGUCUCCCAUUGACGAAGGACCCUUGACAGCGUCUUCGAACCCUAUCACGAUACAGCGCCUGGCAGAUCGACGAGUAUCUGUGAUUCAGGGACAUCUCAGUGCUGCGAAAUACUCUGGUGUCGCAAUAGCAUCAUCGCCAUCAGAUUGGGUGAUGGAUACAGUUCCGGGGCCUAAUGUCACUGACAAGCAUACAGUCAUGACAUUUGCGCGAAUGACGGCAAAUGAUUACAUUGAAGUCCCUGGGACAGAGGACUGGCAGAAUAUCAAUGGCCCAUUCAAUUAUUCGAACAGUUUCGGGUGGAAACUCGAUGGUCUUCGUGGCCAUAUUUAUGCCGAUCAAACCAACAGUACGAUUGUCGUAUCUUUGAAAGGGACAUCUCCUGCGCUCUUCGAUGGAGCCGGAACGACUACCAAUGACAAAGUCAACGACAAUCUCUUCUUCAGUUGUUGUUGUGGUCAAGGUGGCUCAUAUCUAUGGCGACAGGUCUGUGACUGUCAGACUGCCACUUACACCGCCAACCUGACUUGCAUAGUCGAGGCCAUGAAUGAUGAGAACAAGUACUAUAAAGCAGCCAUCGAACUCUAUUCCAAUGUCACCGAGAUUUACCCCGAGGCCAAGGUGUGGCUGACAGGCCACUCCCUUGGUGGUGCCAUGGCCAGUCUCUUAGGGCUGACGUUCGGUCUUCCAACGGUCACGUUUGAGGCCGUUCCGGAGGCGCUACCUGCGGCUCGCUUGGGUAUACCAAGUCCCCCCGGGCAUGACUCCCGGUUGCCCCAGAAGCGAAGCUUCACAGGAGCAUACCACUUCGGACAUACAGCCGAUCCGGUGUACAUGGGAACCUGCAAUGGUAUUAAUUCGCUCUGUACUUGGGGAGGCUAUGCGAUGGAAUCUGCCUGUCAUACUGGCCAAAUGUGCACGUACGAUACCGUUGCUGAUAAAGGUUGGCGUGUGGGUCUAGGAACUCACAAAAUCAGAAACGUCAUUCGAGAUGUGAUCAAGGCAUAUGACGCCGUGCCACCUUGCGCGGCUGAGGAGGAAUGUUAUGACUGUGUCCUGUGGAAGUUCUUCAAGAGCAACGGGUCUGAGAUUACUACAACCACCACCAAGACAACGGCCACUCCGACUCUCACAAGGACUGCCACUUGCAAAACCCCAGGCUGGUGGGGCUGUCUUGACGACUCGACCACCGCCACUGCUACUACGUCGAUCACCACCACCACUUCUGCACCCACUACUACAACAACUACGACUACGUGCAAGACGCCGGGGUGGUUUGGCUGCAAUGACCCAACAACUACAACUGCGUCUAUGUCUCCUACAUCCAGCUCGUUGACCACAACAUGCCAUACCCCUGGCUGGUUUGGAUGCAAAGACCCCACUACUAUGGACAGCCCCAUGGUGACGCCGGCGCCUACCAUGACGGCGUCGCCCUCGUCAUUAAGUAGCAGCUCCAUGACUUGUCACAGCCCCGGAUGGUUCGGGUGUCGAGAUCCGGUAUCCGCAACAACAACUACCACUUGA